AAUAGAUUUCUGCAUGGCGGGUUAACUAAAGGCAAGGAGGCUGAUCUAUCUCCAUUCUAAGUACUGUUCCUGGCAAGACCCUGUCCCAGCCUCGAGCCCAAGUUCAUCGUGCUACCCUGUCUCUGUUCCGCCCCAGCCGUCAUUCUGGGGUGUACCUGAGGACUGCAGUGUGAAGAUGACCAGCGUCUUAGCAUGACGACCCUGGACCAUGUGAUAGCUACCCACCAGUCUGAGUGGGUCUCCUUUAAUGAAGAGCUGCUCUUCCCUGUCCCUUCCAAGGGAGGCACAGAUGAGCACCCCCCAAGACUGUCAUCACCCUCAGACCGGUCCGAGAGCUCCUCUGGGGAGAACCACACAGUGGAUGCCGGCUCCCGGGACCUUUCCCACUCUGAGCAAGAUGACUCCUCGGACAAAAUGGGCCUCAUCUCUGAAGUGGCCUCCUGCCCUGGGAGCCCGGAGCAGCCUGCACCUGACCUGGCUUCAGCCAUCAGCAACUGGGUUCAGUUUGAAGACGACACAUCCUGGGCUAACACAUCACCACUUCAUAGAGAAACAGCCUUGACCAUGCCUUGCUGGACGUGCCCUUCAUUUGACUCCUUGGGCAGAUGCCCUUUGACCUCCGAAAGCAGCUGGACAACCCCUUCUGAAGAUACCAGCAGUCCUAGUUUUGCUCCUUCAUACACAGACCUGCAGCUCAUCAAUGCUGAGGCGCGGACGAGUGGCAAGGCUUCUGGGGCUGACUCGACUGACAAUUCUUCCUCGCUCCAGGAAGACGAAGAAGUAGAAAUGGAGGCCGUUGGCUGGCAAGCUGGCAGUCCGGCCACGAAUGGGCACCCUGCCCAUCCAGUGACCUCUACUCGUUUCCCCAGUUGGGUCACUUUUGAUGACAAUGAAGUUCUGUGCCCUGGGCCACUGGUCACUUCUCCUCUGAAGCCAAAUACACCACCUGUUGCCUCUGAGAUCCCAGAUGUAACAUGUAAUUCAACUGGGUCAUUUAAGAAGAGGGACCGUCCCAGAAGCACUUUAAUGAACUUCUCCAAAGUUCAGAAGCUGGAUGUUUCCUCCUUAAGCCGCCAGCCAUCCAAAAGCGAGGCUCCACCGUGGAGCGCCACCAACCCUUUCCUCAAUGAGACUCUGCAGGAUGUGCAGCCCUCCCCCAUCAACCCUUUCAGUGCUUUCUUUGAGGAACGGGAAAGACGCUCCCAAAACAGUUCUGUGCCCAGUGUUGCUGGCCAAAGUCAGAGAGAUUCCCUCAUUGUCGUCUACCAAGAUGCCAUCAGUUUUGACGACUCAAGCAAAAGCCAGUCACACUCUGUUGCUGUUGAAAAGCUCAAGCAGCUCCAAAUUGAUGACCCUGAUCACUUGGGCAGCGCAACAUUGCCAGAUGAUGACCCUGUAGCCUGGAUGGAGCUAGAUUCUCACCUGCCUGGCUCGGCCCAGCCCCAGCCCAGAGACGGGUGGCCCAUGAUGCUGAGAAUCCCCGAGAAGAAGAACAUUAUGUCCUCCCGACACUGGGGACCAAUCUACAUCAAACUGACUGACGCUGGCUACCUGCAGCUCUAUUACGAGCAGGGCCUGGAAAAACCAUUCCGUGAGUUCAAGCUUGAGAUCUGCCAUGAGAUUUCAGAACCCCGGCUCCAAAACUACGAUGAGAAUGGCAGGAUCCACAGCUUGCGGAUAGAUCGCGUCACGUACAAGGAGAAGAGGAAGUACCAGCCCAAGCCUGCUGUGGCCCAUACAGCGGAAAGGGAACAAGUGAUCAAGCUGGGCACCACCAAUUAUGACGACUUCCUGAGCUUCAUCCGUGCGGUGCAGGACCGUCUCAUGGACCUGCCAGUGAUGUCCAUGGAGCUCAGCACGGUUGGUUUGAAUUACCUGGAAGAAGAGAUAACAGUGGAUGUCCGAGAUGAAUUCUCUGGCAUCGUGAGCAAAGGCGACAACCAGAUCCUCCAGCACCACAUCUUGACACGGAUCCACAUUCUCAGCUUCCUGUCUGGGCUUGCAGAGUGCCGCUUGGGCCUCAAUGACGUCCUCAUCAAAGGGAACGAGAUUGUCUCACGGCAGGACAUCAUGCCCACCACCACCACCAAGUGGAUCAAGCUCCACGAGUGCCGUUUUCACGGGUGUGCGGACGAGGAUGUUUUCAACAACUCUCGAGUCAUUCUCUUCAACCCCUUGGAUGCAUGCCGCUUUGAGCUGAUGCGGUUCAGGACGGUGUUUGGCGAGAAGACCUUGCCGUUCACGCUCAGGACGGCAGCCAGCAUCAAUGGGGCGGAGGUGGAGGUGCAGAGCUGGCUGAGGAUGUCCACUGGCUUCUCCUCCAACCGGGACCCUCUCACUCAGGUUCCCUGUGAGAAUGUGAUGGUGCGCUACCCUGUGCCCAGCGAGUGGGUAAAAAACUUCCGCCGCGAGAGCGUCCUGGGGGAAAAGUCUUUGAAAGCCAAAGUGAACCGGGGGGCAAGUUUUGGCUCAGCUGGCAUCUCCGGCUCUGAGCCUGUGAUGAGGGUGACCCUGGGAUCUGCCAAGUAUGAGCAUGCCUUCAACUCCAUCGUGUGGAGGAUUAACCGGCUACCAGACAAAAACUCAGCUUCCGGUCACCCACACUGCUUCUUCUGCCACCUGGAACUUGGCUCUGACCGGGAGGUGCCUUCCAGAUUCGCCAGCCACGUGAAUGUGGAAUUCAGCAUGCCCACAACCUCAGCCUCCAAGGCCGCUGUAAGAUCCAUCUCUGUGGAGGACAAGACUGAUGUCAGGAAGUGGGUCAAUUAUUCCGCACACUACAGCUACAAGGUGGAAAUUGAACAGAAAAAGAGUUUGAAGCCAGACUUUGAAGGAGACGAAAUGGAAAAUCCCAGGGAGUGUGGGGUUCAAUGACCAAGCCCUACAGCAAGGAACCCUGACCCGAGCGUCAUGAUAGGGUGUGUUCCUGGAUAGCUGAGAUUGAAGUCAGUACUGCUGUGGCCAGUCCUCACUAGGAGCAGGGUAUCGGCCUUGGCUGUUGGCAGUUACAUGCAUUUUAUCAGGGGACCCUGAGGUCGUUGCAUCGGAGAGCUCGCUGGCACUGAGCCCGCCUGCAGCGUGCAGUUCGCCUGGCUUUGGGAGCUUGUUGCAUAAUCAAGCCUCCUUAUCUCCUCCCUGCUUGUCAUGCAGCACUGGUAUGUGGUUUAUUGAGACUGUUAGUCAGGAAACCAACCUGCCACAUCAGUGUGGGCACCAUUCCUCGUUCGUGUUCUCCUGUCACUGCGGAGCUUCUGCAGAAAGGCAGUCCCGAGGAGUUCACUGUGGAUCCACCUCUGUCACUGCCUCCACGCAGAGGUGGGCCCGGGCCCUUGGCAGACAUCUGCUUUCUUUCCAUGUGAACACCAGGCCACAGG